CUACAGAAGCGGUGGUGGGAGGGAGUUCCUGCGGUGCCUGGGACCGGGCGGGUUAAAAGGAAAAGAAAUCCAAAGAAGAUUCAGAUUGUCUUCGGAGUCUCAGCGUGUAUCUUCUUCCCCUUUUCCAAGUAAAAAAGCUUCCUGCUUUCCCCUUUUCUCUUCCCAAAGUUUUGACAUCUCCAGAUCCGAAACCUGAUUCAACCUUUUUCGUCGACUUCAAGAUCUGGAAUCUGCUUCAAGAAAGUUGUUCCAUUUUCAUCCCUUUUGCUUCAGCUUUUCGGUUUAAGGAUGGUCAAAAUUAGCCAACGAACUCAGCUUGCGGCACUGCUGCUUCUGUAGCAAAGCUGGGGGCUUUUUCCUUUUAAUUGGUAUUUUGAAUGUCUGCACAUAUUCAAGAUUAUGUGGCUGUAGCUGUUCUGCAUCUGAAGCAACAUGGCCAUUGGCUGAACUCACAGCUGAUGCUGGGUAAUUAGCUCAUAGCUUCAUUGGUACUUGGAAGCAGGAUGAUCGAUCAGUUCAUCAACUUUGUAAUUCGCCCUCCUCGGGCGGAGUAUGAUCCUGAUCAGUAUUUGUGGGAGAAGGAUUUCAGGCUCGGAGGCACACAGUGUAGAAGACAAGAUUUAGAGCUUACGAAUUCAAGGGGCCAUACCUUGCGUUGCAGUCACUAUAUGCCCUCAUCUUCCCCGGAGGAUACUCCUCUUCCCUGUGUUAUAUACUGCCAUGGCAAUAGUGGAUGUCGGGCAGAUGCAAAUGAGGCUGUUAUGGUUCUUCUUCCCUCGAACAUAACCGUUUUCACCCUCGACUUCUCGGGUUCAGGCUUAUCUGAUGGUGACCAUGUAAGCCUUGGUUGGCAUGAGAGUGAUGACCUUAAGAUUGUAGUAUCUUACCUGAAAAAUAGUAAACUGGUUUCACGUAUUGGGCUCUGGGGACGAUCUAUGGGUGCUGUAACCUGCCUUCUCUAUGGCGCAGAAGAUCCAUCAAUUGCUGGAAUGGUAUUAGAUAGUGCAUUCUCAAACUUGUUCGAUCUGAUGAUGGAACUUGUGGACGUUUACAAAAUACGGCUUUCUAAAUUUACUGUUAAGAUGGCAGUGCAGUAUAUGAGACGAGUAAUCCAAAAAAAAGCGAAGUUUGAUAUCAUGGAUCUCAAUUGUCUUAAGGUCGCUCCCAAGACUUUCAUUCCAGCAUUAUUUGGACAUGCUACCGGUGACAAAUUUAUUCAGCCUCAUCACUCUGACCUGAUUUACAAGUCCUACCUGGGAAACAAAAAUAUCAUAAAAUUUGAUGGUGAUCACAACUCUUCACGGCCACAGUACUAUUAUGAUUCAGUGUCUAUCUUCUUCUACAAUGUUCUACAUCCUCCUCGCAUUUCUUCAGUUUAUUCAAGUAAGCUUGAGAAGUAUUACAAUUUGGGAGAUCUCAAGGCUGGUGCUGGUUUGGAUGAGGGUUUGUUGUAUGAAGUAAUCUCUGGUCUUCGUGCUGAGCAUAUGGAUGUUGCAAGUUCUUCUUGUCCUUCUGGGUCUCUUAUAAUGAGGCCUGCAGACGAGCUGCUUUCAGAAGUCAUGCCCAUGGCGGAUACUGUUAAUGUGCUUAUAGAAGACGAUAGACACAAUACUGAAGAAACUGGUAAUUUCCUGGGCGAUCCGGAUGAUCAGGUUGAGGAAGGUUGCUCAUAUACGAGCUCAAACAGAGAAAGCUGGGGCAGAUGCUCUUCACUAGGAGGCACUGAAGAUGAAAAUUUCGCUGGGGAGAGAACAGUCGGUGAGGAUUAUGAGGCUAAUCUGAAUGUCCUGGCAACUCCUGUUAGAAGCGUUCAAGAAAAGCCACGAACCACUGCUGAAGCGGACAGGAAAGACAAGAAAAUAAAGGCAGCUCCAACAGGUUCAAAGAAGCCGAAACACGACAAAUUAGAAAGGCUAGAGGCCUUCAGCAAACGGCUGCGUCUUUGCAUCAUAAAGCGUGUAAACCAUGGAAGGCAUCGUUCGUCUUGACAACUUCGGCUAGAACAUCGGUCAAAUCACGUUAGAUUAGUAGGCCAAUUCGUCCAUGUAUAUCUGCUCCUUGUAGUCAAAGCAUUCUCUCUUCCAAGAGCCAGCUACGUUCAGAGUCUUCGGUCAAGGACUUAUACCAGAUGGCGGCUGCAUUCAUGUAUAACUUCAGAUUCAUUUGAUUACUUUUACGUGGGUCAUGUCACGCUUCCGACCGUUUUCCUUAGUGCUACAAUUAUCCUCCAGCUGUCCCAUCUAAGAUAUUCACAUCAUCCUAAGACCGGAACAGCAAUAGAACAGAAGAUGUCAGA